CAAAAGCUCUCGUGAUCCUUUCCUCUCUUUACUUCCUUGCUCUCGUUACGUAGCGGAACAAUUCAAAGACAUGGCUGCAGCCUACGCCCUCCUCCUCGCUGCUCUCCUUGCUUUGGCUUCUUCCCCAACCAUGGCCCGUGAUCCCGGUGCUCUCCAAGACCUGUGUGUCGCAGAUAACACGUCCAAUGUGUUCGUCAACGGAUUUGUCUGCAAGGAUCCGAAGCUCGUCAAGGCCGAGGACUUCUUCUUCUCCGGUCUCGACGAGCCUCGCGACACCACCAACAAAGUCGGCUCCAACGUGACGCUCCUAAACGUGAACCGAAUUCCCGGCCUCAACACCCUCGGCAUCUCCAUGGCCCGGGUGGACUACGCGCCGUUUGGCCUUAACCCUCCUCACAUCCAUCCCCGGGCGACGGAGAUCCAAACGGUGUUGGAAGGCUCGCUCUACGUCGGCUUCGUCACCUCCAACCCCGACAACAGGCUCGUCACCAAAGUGCUUCGCAAGGGUGAUGUGUUUGUGUUCCCCCAAGGCCUCAUCCACUUCCAGUUCAACUACGGCACCAGCAAGGCCGUCGCACUCUCCGGUCUCAGCAGCCAAAAUCCGGGGGUGAUCACCAUCGCCAAUUCCGUCUUCGGGUCCAAACCAGCCAUCUCGGAUGAUAUCCUCGCUAAGGCCUUUCAGGUGGACAAGAAGAUCAUAGAUCGGAUUCAGGCUCAUUUCUAGGAACCACAAACUAGCUAGAGAAUUCUAUUUGUUUGUCUUGUGUGUGUGUGUGUGUUGACCUUAAUAAUCAAACGUCACCUACUGUUUCAUCCAA